AUGGGUUGGAUUCAUUCAGAUUUAAGAAACCGUCUAGAUUCAAACAAAGUAUUAAAAAUUAGUCAAAUUCAUGGUUCUAUUGCAUAUACUCAUCAAGUAGCUAAAGCAAAAAUGAUUAAGGAAAAAUACUUAUCAAAUAUAGUAAUUCCGUCUAAUAAUGAAACUGAAAGUUUGUCUUAUGAAGAAUCAGAAAUUCAUGAAUCUCAAGAUUUAUUAAGCAAUUUGCACGAAACUGUAGAUACCUGGAUCGAAUCAUUAGAGUAUGAAAAUUUAUCUGAACUAACUACUGAACAUUAUUUUGAUAUGGAUACCAAUCUUGA